AUGGACGGCAUUAAAGAAGAUCCUCUAGACCUCAUCGUAGUAGUGAAGACAGAGCCGUACAACAUUACUGUCCUGGCAGAGCGGGACCACGUGGAACACAGCCCUGACCAGUUGUCAGAAGGAGCAACAGCACGCACUGGCAUUGUUCGUGAUAAGGAUGAGCUCCAAGACACACACGAUUCAGUGUCUUCAGGGCGGAACACCAACUCAACAACACUUGAUCCCCUAUUCGACAACACUGCCUCUGUCGCUGUGAACAGUCGAUGCACAGAGUCCAUAAGUGUUGCUCCUGAACAGAGUGAGACUCAAGAGGCUUCUUCUGGACUGUUGACCUCUGGCUGCACAAAGAAGGGGACGUUCAGAUGCAUUGACGUUGGCCACUUGGGUAUUCGCUUCGAAACUCACAACACAAAGACAAUUACCUGUGAUACAUGCCCUGCGACACUCUGUCAUGUAACAACUCUGCAGGCAGAAGGUCACACGGUUGAAGGGCUGCACAAGUGCAGGGCACGUACGCUUGUAUCCACGCCGCAGGCCAGCUUGGAAUGCUGCACGCUUGUACACGAUUGCAGCAAGCCUGCACAGUGUCCUGCUGCAUCGGACAGUCAGAGGGGAGAGAAGAGGUUUGGGUGCAAUGUCUGCCCCGCUACAUUAUCCCUAUCUGAGAGUGUCAAGUACCAUGAGGAGCACGAUUGGGCGAAGCCGUACAAGUGCAAUCUCUGUCCUGCACGGUUUGGACACAGCAUGAGUCUGAGGAUUCACAAAGAGACACACGCGAGCGAGAAGCCGUACAAGUGCAAUGCCUGUCUCGCAGGUUUCAGCCGCAGCACGCACCUGCGGAUUCACAGAGAACGGGUGCACCCGGACGAGAAGCCAUACAAGUGCAACCUCUGUCCCGCAGAGUUCAAGCACAGUGUGAGCCUGCGGGUCCACAGACGGACACACACGGGGGAGAAGCCAUACAAGUGCGAUGUCUGUCCCGCCGAGUUCCACCAGAGCACGUGCCUGAACGAUCACAAACGGCAACACACAGGGGAGAAGCCGUACAAGUGCGACCUGUGUCCUGCAGGGUUCAGCUACAGGACCAGUCUCCAGGUCCACAAACGGACACACAUGCAAGAGAAGCCAUACAAGUGCAAACUCUGUCCCGCCGAGUUCCGCCACGGUUCUAGUCUCCAGGAUCACAAAUGGACACACGCCGGCGAGAAGCACUACAAGUGCAAUCUCUGUCCUGCAGAGUUCGUCCACGGCACGGGUCUGCGGACUCACAAACUGACACACUCGGGAGAGAGGCCAUACAAGUGCAAUCUCUGUCCCGCACAGUUUGGCCAGAGUGAGGAUCCGUUGGCUCACAAACGGACACACACGGGCGAAAGGCCAUACAAGUGUGAUCUCUGUCCUGCCGUGUUCCACCACAGCUGGAAUCUGCAGGUUCACAAACGGACACACGAGAAAAAGCUGUAG